AUGCCAAAAAAGAAAGUGAAGGACUUUAAUAAAGUCAAAUUGAAACUUGGCAGAAAAUUAAAAAGACAGAACGAAACAGUAAUUGAUCUUUCUAAAAGAAAGAUAAUUCUUCCUAAAGAAAAUACUGUUUUGCUGCAUGAUGUGCCCAGGGAACCUGUGUCUGUCCUUGAUGGUUUCGUAAAAAAAUUACAGUCAACAAAUGAAUCUCUCCAGCUAUCUGCGAUUUCAUGCCUACACUCGAUACUAUCGCCAUUUGUUGCUCAAAUUACGACUGAAUGGAAUUGUAGACCAUUUAUAUCCUGCAGCGCAAAUUCUUUAGAAUUGCUUAAUAACUUGUUCGGGUCGGACUUUGCUCGAAAUGAUUUCAACUUCCAGUUUGGUGACCUGCUUCACUGUUUAAACCGACUCUCUCAAAACUCAACAAGCGUGAAGUUGCCCUUUGAAAUAGCCAAAUUGUGUAAAAUGAUUGCAACAAUAUUCUCUGUCCAUCCAAGAAUUCACUCAGCUCUGACCUGUGUGGAUGGGAUCACGUCGUCGCUACUUCGUCGUUCGGAGUUUUGGUGGCGUCAGGCCGGUGUGAAGGUUCUUUCAGACCAUUGCGCUGCUCGCCAUACGGUGCUGACUUGUUUGGCGUCUGUUGGUGAUCCUUCCCAUGCAUUCGCAUUAGAAGCAGAAUUAAAAGCUUUUGUGGAACCUCGGCAUCAGGUCUAUCGAGUAGACGUGUUUCCCUGUUACAUUCCAGGGGACUCGCUUUCUUCUGAUUUCCCAAAACCCGAUGCAGUCGAUGCUAGCCUUCUCUCUACAUGGAUGCUGUUUGAUCCCGAUCUCGCCCUUCAAAAAUCAGCUGAUCAGCUCUCUUCGUCGGUUUUUGAAAAGCCCGGAAUAACAAAAAAGAGGGGACCUGCACACCUUGCCAAUAGACCUCCUCCUGGGGUUGAUUCUAGCAUUUGGUACGAUCGAAAACUGGCCCUCUGCGUGCUCAAGGAGGGUUUCUAUCUGCUUGAUGAAUUGGUGCACUCGCCGAAAGUUGAAACCAUUUUUGGUCUCAUCCACACACUCCGGGGCCUACGCGUCUUCGCUGAAACAAAGCACUUGAGAUUCUUUUCGUCAUCUAAGGGACUUCCUGACAUCAGUGCCCAGCUGGGUAAAUUUUGUCGUCGAAUUCGUGAGCUCGUCCCUCUGGACGUCGAAGACGACGUGCUCUUGCCGGAGGAUGCGGAGAUCAACGGGGCCGCAUCGACAGUCGGUAGUGUGGCCUCGUUGUCGCGGAAGGCCCUCAAAAAAGCCGCAAAACGCUCUGCCAAAGUGGCGAGACGCGAGGAGGCCGCUGCGCUCUCUGCCGACUCCCGCGGUGCCAAAACGAGUCAACCUCCGAGGCUUGUUAAAGGUGGGAAUGCAAGCAUUGGUCCUACAUCGUUAAUGCUUGUCUCUGAUUCCGUGUCGACACCUAGUGGCACGUAUGUCCAUUUCUUAGCCUCAGACCAGACCACGCAGCCAGCGUCCAAACGAUCAAGUAAGUCCUCCGUCGUCACACACCUACUCAAACAGCACAUCCUCGAAUUGUGGUGGAACCUGGUCGCUCUUGCCUGUCCGCAGCACGGCGACUGUAAGGUCUUCUCGCAGGAGCUCGCUAGUCUGUUGUUGUCGUAUGAGGUUGGUGAGGAAGGAGACUCGUUGCCUCCGCUGACAUUUCUCAACUCAUCGAGUCCAGCUUUGGCUUGGCGGUGGCUUCGGGCUUUCGACUACUGCCUCUUGUAUGGGCUGCGUAUUCGAGAACUACCCAGCGACUCGGGAGCCUUGUGCGGCAUUGUGGCACCAAUGGUGACCGCACUCUUCCACAUUGUCCACCGGUGGUGCUGUCGACACAAAACACACAGGCAGUCUCCCUCUCGUGUCCCACGGCUUGUCGUCCGAUCCGCAGGCAUACUGACGGCCUUCCUUUGCCAGGAGUUGAAGUUGCAGGCCUGGUGUGGUCAGAAUUCCACCUUUUAUCGCAGCCGAACUGCUCCAAGUUCAUCUGAUGGCCUACAAUAUGAUGCAUCGUGGAUCGAAGCAUCGUUGUGUCAACUGGGAACCAACUCGUCGCUGUGCAACACGGGAGAUCUCUUCGCAACGCUUACCACGGACCUAUGUGACCUGGUUGAGAGUGAAUCAGCUGACGCCUCAGCCACUAAUAGGUGGAUCUGGGCUGCAGCCUGUUUGCAAAGCCUCGCGAGAAACCGCUAUUCGCCGGCCCUGCAUGGACUGACACAAUCAGUGGGCCUAAGGAAAGCUGUCGACACCGUUGGCGAUUGGAGGACAAGUGCAGGAAGGCUUCAUGAGCCGUUGGUGUACCUGCCUUGCCCCGAGACCGGCUGCUACUCGUCCCUCAAUGCGUGGAAGUGCACCCCCAUUGAACGAAUAUUUUCACAAGACGUGGCCGAUAGUUAG